AUGGCGGCGGUGGCGGCUGCACGAGCUGUGUCUGCGGGCCCUGGGCUCCGGGGCCUAAAACGGACACUGCCUCUUGUAGUAAUUCUCGGGGCCACGGGCACCGGCAAAUCCACGCUGGCGUUACAGCUAGGCCAGCGGCUCGGUGGCGAGAUCGUCAGCGCUGACUCCAUGCAGGUUUAUGAAGGCCUAGACAUCAUCACCAACAAGGUUUCUGCCCAAGAGCAGAGAAUGUGCCAGCACCACAUGAUCAGCUUUGUGGAUCCUCUUGUGACAAAUUACACAGUGGUGGACUUCAGGAACAAAGCAACUGCUCUGAUUGAAGAUAUAUUUGCCCGAGAUAAAAUUCCUAUUGUCGUGGGAGGAACCAAUUAUUACAUUGAGUCUCUGCUCUGGAAAGUUCUUGUCAAUGCUAAGCCCUGGGAGAUGGGCACUGAGAAAUUGAUUGACCAGAAAGUUGAGCUUGAAAAGGAGGAUGGCCAUGCACUCCACAAACGCCUAAGCCAGGUGGACCCAGAAAUGGCUGCCAAGCUGCACCCACAUGACAAGCGCAAAGUGGCCAGGAGCUUGCAAGUGUUUGAAGAGACAGGAAUCUCUCAUAGUGAAUUUCUUCAUCGUCAACAUGCAGAGGAAGGUGGUGGUCCCCUUGGAGGCCCUCUGAAGUUCCCUAACCCGUGCAUCCUCUGGCUUCAUGCUGAACAGACAGUUCUAGAUGAGCGCUUGGAUAAGAGGGUGGAUAACAUGCUCGCCGCUGGGCUCUUGGAUGAACUAAGAGAUUUUCACAGACGCUAUAAUGAGAAGAAAAUUGUGGAAAACAGCCAGGACUAUCAACAUGGUAUCUUCCAAUCAAUUGGCUUCAAGGAAUUUCACGAGUACCUGAUCACUGAGGGAAAAUGCACACCAGAGACUAGAAACCAGCUCCUAAAGAAAGGUAUUGAGGCUCUGAAACAAGUGACUAAGAGAUAUGCCCGGAAGCAAAACCGAUGGAUUAAAAACCGUUUUUUGAGCAGACCUGGUCCCAGUGUUCCCCCAGUAUAUGGCUUAGAAGUGUCUGAUGUCUCGAAGUGGGAAGAGUCUGUUCUUGAACCUGCUCUUGAAAUUGUGCGAAGUUUCAUCCAGGGCCACAAGCCUGCAGCUACUCCAGUAAAGAUGCCAAGCAGUGAAACUGAGAACAAGAGAAGUUAUCACAUGUGUGACCUCUGUGAUCGAAUCAUCAUUGGGGACCGUGAAUGGGCAGCACACAUGAAAUCCAAGUCCCACUUGCACCAACUGAAGAAAAGAAGAAGGUUGGACUCAGAUGCCAUCACUACCAUAGAAAGUCAGAGUAUUUCCCCAGACCAUGAUAAAGAGCUUAAAGAAAAGGGAUCCCUGGGGCAGAAUGAUGAAGAGCUGAAAUCCAGCAUUUAAGGGACUUGUCCAGUGGCCUUUGCAAAGGUG